AUGCUUCGAUUCACCCCUCGUCAUUCCCUCUUUUCUUCUCUUCCCUCCCUCUCUCCCAUCUUCGUCUCUCAUCUCCCUCGUCCUCGCUAUUUCUCAACGCAACCCAUCGCCAUGUCUGCCUUCACUCCCGUCACUGCUGCCGGCGCUUGCCCUCCUGCCGGUCCCUACUCCCAGGCUGUCCGCGCCAACGGUCAGGUCUUCGUCUCCGGCCAGAUCCCCGCCGACGCUUCCGGAAACCUCGUCACCGGUAACAUUGGCGAGCUGACCCAGGCUUGCUGCAAUAACAUCAAGGCCAUCGUUGAGGCUGCCGGCUCGAGCGUCGAGAAGAUCGUUAAGGUUAAUGUCUUCCUUACCGACAUGGCCAACUUCGCUGAAAUGAACGCCACCUACGAGAAGUUCUUCGCUCAUAAACCCGCUCGCAGCUGCGUUGCUGUCGCUCAGCUGCCUAAGGGUGUGCCUGUUGAGAUUGAGUGCAUUGCCUUGCAGUAA